GCAGGCGAGACGCAUUUCGGCGUCCAGACUUUGCGCACACGGACUGAAGUUCAGUUUGAGUUUAACUUCCAGCGCCUCCCGUUGCCGUGCGUCUGAUCAUGUUCAACGAAGAAGACAGAGAAGAGGAGAAAUAAAGCGCUCUGCUGGAUGUGACUCAUAUAAAUCAUGCUUCUGACUAUGAUUUACUGAGUGGGAGUGCGCUCCUCCGGGCUGUGGUGGAUAUAUGGUUGACUCCAGAACCCAUAACAUUUGUGUUAUAAAUUGCUUCGGAGGAACUAACUCAUAAGUAUUGUGAUGGAGAGCUACAUGUGUUUGACAUGGAUGCUGCUGUGUCUGAUCCUGCGGCCGUCGGCUACGCAGAAUCCCGCACCUGAAGGAGUGCUGAACUGCUGUGAAGGCGACGUCCUCUUCUUAUUGGACUCUUCAGGGAGUGUGUCUUCGUACGAGUACUCCCGCAUGCUCACCUUCCUGUCUGAGCUCGUCCUCCCCUUCUCCCUGGGGGAGGACCAGGUGAGGAUAGGUCUUCUGCAGGUGGGCACCAAACCGAGCCUCGAGUUUGGCUUUGACACCCAUAACACCCAGAGUAGCCUCCAGGGGGCUUUGAGGAACACCAAAGCUCUCAGGGGGGACACCAACACAGUGGAGGCCCUGAGAAUAGCAAAGGAGCGGGUGCUGACACCCGGCGUAGCAGAUGGGGCCCGGGCAGGACUCCCAAGAGUGCUGGUGUGGUUGACGGAUGGGGUGAAACCUGGUGAUGUGGUUGGACCAAUGGCUGAGCUGCAGGAGGAGGGCGUGGCUGUGCUGGUGGUCUCCACUGGCCAUGGCAACUAUCAGGUGCUGAGGCGAGUGGUGACUCCACCUGCAGACGACCACCUAUACUUCGUGGACAUUGAUGAUAUGAGUAUUAUAACGGAGGACCUGCGGAAUGCCAUCAUUGAGAUUAUCCGAGCUGAGCGAAUCAACGUACGUGACGUCUCCACCAACUCUGCCACGCUCCAGUGGCGACCCGUUCUGUCUGGUUUGACGGGCUACUACGAGGUCCGCUUUGGUCCACUUCCAACGGGAGGAACAGGAAGUGGUGGAGGAGGUGGAACUGGGACCAGUCCAAGCACCAGUGGUGGUCAGUACCAGAGACUAAUCCAAUCUGCAGAUUCCAGCACAGCCAGGUUAACAGGCCUGAAGCCGGACACCAUGUAUACCGCCACACUAACCCCGGAGUCCAACGAACAAUCGUUUAACGCACUCUCUGUCACCUUCAGAACAAAGCCAGAGGUAAUGAGCCCAGCUGUAGUAUCGACCUCUCAGUCAGGGGAAACCAGCGUUCGAGUGAGUUGGGGUCCUCUUCAGCCGGAGACGGUCACAAGUUACUACAUCGAGUACUCCGCCUUGCCCAGGGGCGAGCUCCACACUACCACAGUGGUCCGAACGAAAAACUCCACGCUCCUCAGAGACCUCCAACCAGAUACCACUUACUUGGUCACCGUUACUGCCCGAUAUGCCUCAGGCAUGGAGAAAGCCAUGUCUGUCAAAGUGUGCACUCAGGAAGUGACUCCAGCACUGGCAGAUCUCCAGCUGACCACAGUGGGUAGUGACUCAGUCCAAGUCGACUGGAAGGUGAGCGCAGCCAGUCUGAGGGGUUACUGGCUCACCUGGGAGGGACAGCAAAGCUCCGUUGCUGGCCAGCGCUCCUCCGCCUAUUUGCCACCAGACUCUCUGUCAACCCGUCUCACGAACCUCCCCCCAUCGACCAGAGUGUGUGUGUCGCCCAUUUACCGGACGGCGCGGGGGGAGGGACUGUGCUGCACGGCGCAGUUUCAUUCAGAUGCAUUAGCAUAUGGCUACCAGUCAUAGCACCUCUGAACUGCAAGUGCACCUUACCAAACGUGCAGAGACGAUGGCAAGAAGAAUGCUGACUAUCAUCCAUAAUUCUUUUUCCUGCCUUUCCCCUCUGUGGAUAUCAUCGAGGAGAGAUGUGUGGUUUGGCUUAGUGAGCACUCAUUUGGAAGCCAUAGACACUUGAGAAUGGUCUGGGACAGUAUGGCAACAUGUUGACUGCUACAGUCUGCAACACAGAGGACUAUUUGCUUUUUCAUUUCUACUGUCUUACACCUGUAAUAAGUGUAUAAUUGUUGUGUUUAAAGAUGCAAGUGUAAGAUAUAUGAUAUUUGCUGGAUCUGACACAAGGCAGGGCAUGCUGAGAAUGUUUUAUGUGGAUGUUUUAUGGGACUUGUUUUGGAGAAAGAAUUUGCACCAUAUGUGGGCCUCUUGCCCAAAUCAGCAUUUUUUUCAAAUCUUGCUAACACUCAGAGAACAUCUGAUAUACAUUUAUAAUGAAUGCUUAUGACUGUACUUAAGUCUCUUCUCUUUCAGCACAUGAAUGCUACAUGCGUGGGCAAACUGGAGAGCAACAAGGGAACGUUAACAUGCCGUCUCUAAUGACACGAUCUUAAGGAUUGCUUUGAACUCUAGAGAAAUUACCAACAGACUAACCACAUGCCCUCAAACUACAGACAUGUUGCAUACGAUACAGAUGUGUGCAGCUGAGAGUAGUAUUGUAUCGAACAUAGAUCCAUCAUUCGUAUUUAUUAGUCAAGGAUCAUGUAUGUGUAAGAAUUAAUAGCGUGCAUUAUUUUAACAAACACGCUGUUUACAUUUUAAGACUGUUACUUUGGUUACGGCAGUCUGUGCUGCCCCCUACUGAAUGAUCCUUAUCGGCUUAGAGCUGGUCUUCUACUGUUAUCCUCUCAGAGCAAAUGUAUUGUUUCAUGUUUAUUGACCACUAUUCAAAUUUAAUAUGAGCUUGCAAUAAAGUCCUUUAAUAAUUUUGUUUA